UUUUUUAGUAUUUUCUUAAAUACUUUUAUAAUUGAAGAAUUGGUUUUUAAAGUUGAACAGAAAAGGGAAACUAGGUGGGGCCGCCGCCGUCGGAGUGAGGGCUUAACGCUGCUACCUAAUUAGGUUUCCACGGCUAUGGGUACAAUGAGAGAAGCCCUUUCCGUCUUACUCCAAAGAAGAAGCUAUGAAUCCAGUUACCAAGUUUUAGCCGAUCUUCUUAAAUCAUGUGCGGCAGCAUCAGGUAUCAAAUUGGGGAAAUCUGUACACGCUCACGUUAUUAAAGAAGGACACCAUUGUUGCCACUUAAUCUCGAAAGCUUUGCUCAACAUGUACGCGAAAUGCAGAGUUCUCGACGACUGCCACAAGCUGUUCGACGAAAUUACUGACCGAGACACCGUCACUUGGAACACUCUCUUGUCCGGAUUCGCCGGUUCCGGCCGUCACGAUCACACGGUUAUGAGGUUUUUCAACAUGCUCCGUGCUGUGCGCGAUCCUAAACCGAGUGCCGUCACUCUCGCUAUCGUCAUUCCUGUCUGCACGCGGUCCGGCACCCGGGGUGCUCGGAGGAGUGUUCAUGCGUACGCGAUGAAGUCUGGAAUGGAAUCGCAGACAUUGGUAGGAAAUGCUUUAGUGUCGAUGUAUGCAAAAUCUGGGCUUCUUUUGGAUGCCUGUGUUGUUUUUGGAGAGAUUUUUGAUAAAGAUGUGGUUUCGUAUAAUGCAGCGAUUGCAGGUUUAGCGGAGAAUAAGCUCGUCGAGGAUGCUUUUCGUCUCUUCACUGAGAUGAUUAAAGGGCCAGUAAUGCCUAACUAUGCCACCAUUGUAAAUGUUCUGCCCCUCUGUGCUGCUAUGGGGAAGACUGGUUGUGACAGAUUAGGGAAGGAGAUCCAUUGCUAUGUGUUGCGGCGCGCUGAUUUGGAAGAUGAAACCUCGGUAAAUAAUGCUAUUUUGAGCUUCUAUUUGAAAGUUGGUCGAAUAAGAGAAGCAGAAUCUUUGUUUGAGCGAAUGAAGUUCAGAGACUCGGUUUCUUGGAACUCGAUGAUUGCCGGGUAUGCUUCAAAUGGUCAGUGGUUGAAAUCGUUGGAGACAUUUCGGUGUUUUGUUUGCGUGAAGAUGGUUGGACUUGACCCCAUCACUGUGAUCAGCAUUCUUCCUGUUUGUGCCCAGUUAAGUGAUCUGCAAGUGGGGAAGGAGAUACAUGGGUAUGUUUUGCGGCAUCCUGCCUUAUGCGAGGAUACAUCCAUUGGAAAUGCUUUAACAAAAUUUUAUGCGAAAUGUGGCCGCACAGAUGCAGCAUUCGGAACAUUUUCACUCAUCCGUCAUAAGGAUUUGAUAUCGUGGAAUACUAUGCUUGAUGCGCUUGGCGUAAAUCUACUUAAAACUCAGUUUGCUGAUCUCUUCUGUUUGAUGUUUGUGGAAGGAGUAAAACCUGAUGCCAUAACUAUCUUAACUGUGGUACAUCUCUGUGCUUCCCUUUGCAGAAUUGAUAAUGUUAAAGAAACUCAUGGGUACUCAUUGAGAUCUGGUAUUUUGCAUGGUGAUGCUGAACCCACUCUUGGAAAUGCUCUGCUUGAUGCAUAUGCCAAAUGUGGAAAUAUAGAAUAUGCAUCAAAAUUGUUUGAUAACUUAUCUGGAAAGAGGAAUGUGGUCACCUGCAAUUCGAUGAUAUCAGGAUACUUGGAACAUGGUUCACAUGAUGAUGCAAAUACUAUUUUCCAGAGUAUGUCUGAAAGGGAUAUUACUACUUGGAAUCUUAUGACCCGGGGAUAUGCCCAGAACGAGUGUCCUGAUGAAGCUCUCCGUUUGUUUCAUGAGUUACAGCAUCAUGGAUUAAGGCCUGAUCCCAUGACUGUUAUGAGUAUUAUUCCUGUUUGUGGUCAAAUGGCUUCUGUGCACUUGCUGAGGCAGUGUCAUGGUUACAUAAUUAGGGCCUGCUUUGACGACGUUCAUUUAAUGGCGGCUCUUCUAGAUGUGUACUCAAAAUGUGGGAACAUAAACGCUGCAUAUAAGCUUUAUCAAUCAACUCGCUGGAAAGACCUUGUUGUGUUCACGGCCAUGGUUGGAGGAUUCGCUAUGCAUGGAAUGGGCAAGGAAGCCAUUAGGGUAUUUGAGUUUAUGCUCGAGUGUGGUAUCAAACCAGAUCAUGUUGUGAUCACUGCUGUUUUAUCUGCUUGUCGUCAUGCUGGUCUUAUCAAUGAAGGAUUAUUAGUUUUUAAUUCGAUAGAUCAGGUGCAUCGCAUGAAACCGAGCAUGGAGCAGUACGCAUGUGUGGUGGAUCUCCUCGGUCGAGGAGGUCAAAUUAAGGAAGCACUAUCCUUUCUAAAUCACAUGCCUAUUGCACCAAAUGCCAAUUUAUGGGGUGCUCUUCUCGGUGCCUGCAGAGCCCACCAUGAUGUGGACAUGGGUCAUGUUGUAGCUGAUCGCCUUUUAAGAACUGAAACCACUGACAUAGGAAAUUAUGUGGUUUUAUCAAAUCUGUACGCUGCUGAUGCUAGAUGGGAUGGGGUGUUGGAGAUGAGAAAGAUGAUGAAAACGAGAGACCUGAAAAAGGUGGCAGGUUGUAGUUGGAUUGAAGUGGGGAGGAGUAAAAAUAUAUUUGUAGCUGGAGACUAUUCUCACCCAGAAAGAAGCCUCAUUUACAGCACGUUGCGUCACUUGGAUAAUCAAAUAAAAGAGCUGUAUCAGUCUCCUUAUACUUGAGAUAAGGACAGCCAAUUCAUGCGAGAUUGUUGUUUCCAAAUGCAUAUGCACUUUCCUUUCAAACAGAAUUUGAGAGCUUGCCAUAUAUUUUGACAUGAGUUUUACAGAUAAUAUUUGCAAUCUUAUUUGGCAAAUCCUAGCAAGACAGUUACAUUGAGAUGCUGUUGGGAAUUCCCCUGCCUGUCAGUCCGAUCUCACUGCUGGGGUAUAGCAAAGUGUACGGCAUCUUCACUGGCCCCGACCUAUUCCUCCAUCUCUUAUCAUUGUUCAAAUCAAUGAACUUUUGCUCUGUCUCUCUUAACCGGUCCCCAAACCUUUCGAAUGCUUUGCGUGCCUCUGUGUCUGCUGUCCAUUCAGGAGAGUCUCGCUGUCCAAGAUAAAUCUCAUCGGAAGAAUGCCUGGAUAAAAUUUCUACGAGGGAGAUGCCAAGCACACCUUGCAUCUGGGGAGUGAUGGUUUUCAAGUAAGCCUUUUCAGGAUUCAACUUCAUUUCUUCAUAGGCAGGAGUGCCAAUAUCUGGAAUGAAUCUCCGGCUAGUAGCAGGACGAUUUGGCAGGUACCCUCCAUAAGGGUACUGUCCGAAAUUUAAUGCUGCGUGAAGGGCAGACGCCACCCAUAUGAUAGUGGUGCAGGAUUCUAUCAGCUCUUCACAUGAUUGCAUUGUGGGCCACCAGGGUUCGUCUUUCUUAUCUCCAUGUCCCUUUUCUCGUAUUUCAGUCCACCACGCCUGAAGCUCGGGAUCUUCCUGAACCAUUUCAUCACUCUUGUAGUAAAGAUUGCAGUAAUCCUGAACCCAUGUUUUGAUUGCUCCCCAGAUCUCGAGUCCAUCAACAGCAAAAGGAUAGUCCUCUAUCAGUAAUCGCACUCCAUGUGGGCAGCUAGAGUCUUUGAUUGCCACCCCUCUGCAAAUUCGUAGAUAGUUAGCAAGAGAUCUAUGUUUAACAGCUUUACCAGUGACUUAUGAGCUGGUGAUAGCCAGAGUCAUCUACUGCCACAUAAGCCUUCGCCAUCAGCCAGAUGGUACCUUCAACUCCAUCUUCUGCUGGGGUGCAUACGCGACUUACUGCACCGUAAUGAUCCCCUUCUGGAUGUGGCAAACUUAAUUCAAUUGCUAUGGGCCUCAGUGUUCCAUCUUCUUUCAAGAAGAGAAUUGUUCUCGUUGCAUAAGUCUUUGCAGCUGUAGUAUUUAUCCUCCUCAGG